GCCGCCGCCACAGCAAGAAGGGCGCCGCCAUGAUCCCGCCGCCGGACUCGCUGCUGCGCUACGAGCCGCCGGUGCUGGUCAGCCGCCGCGCCGAGAAGCGCUCCCCGGAGGCCCGCCCGUUGAAGGGGACCCCGCAGCCGCCGCCGCCGCAGCCCGGCCCCGGCCCGCAGCCCCGGCCCCGGCCCGCUGCUGCCGCGGCCGCCGCCGAGUGCAGGCAGCCCCAGGAGCUGCUGAACGCCAUCCUGCCGCCGCGGGAGUGGGAGGAGGACAAGCAGCUGUGGGUGCAGCAGGUGUCCAGCGUGCCCAGCACCCGCCUGGACGUCGUGCACCUCCAGGAGCAGCUGGACCUGAGGCUGCAGCAGCGGCAGGCGCGGGAGACCGGCAUCUGCCCCGUGCGCAGGGAGCUCUACUCGCAGUGCUUCGAUGAAUUGAUCCGUGAAAUUACAAUCAACUGUGCAGAGCGAGGACUAUUGCUGCUUCGAGUCAGGGAUGAAAUCCAAAUGACAAUUGCUGCUUACCAGACGCUGUAUGAGAGCAGCACUGCGUUUGGCAUGCGGAAGGCGCUGCAAGCUGAGCAAGGCAAACAUGACAUGGAAAAGAGAAUUGCAGAGCUAGAAGAGGAAAAGCGGGAGCUGGAAAGACAGGUGAGCGAACAGAAAGCUAAAUGUGAGGCUAUUGAAAAGCGUGAAAACGAAAGGCGGCAGAUAGAGGAAAAGAAACACACUGAAGAGGUUCAGUUCCUGAAGCGAAUGAAUCAACAGCUGAAGGCCCAACUUGAAAGCAUCAUUGCACCGAAUACGUAGGUUUUUUUUUUGGUGCCCUCCAGGCAGUGCUCAAAAGAGCUGUCAGAGCAAGAAGUUUGCAAUUAGUGACAAAGAUCUGUCUUCAAAAAAACAAUACUGAAUUUUCACUUACCGGUAACUGAAGGCAGUGUAAUUGUAUUAUUUGUCCCUUUUUCUCUUGAAGAGUUGAAAUUCAAAAGCUCCAUUAGUUACUGUGCCCUCUUUCAGUGCCAUCUCAGCAUGUAGCUCCUUGAAUAGUGAACAUGUCUGGGACUUGCUUGUCGGUAAUAUGCUAAUGACCUUCAAAGCAAUAAACUACUAAAUGCUUUUACAAACGAGCAUCUCUGUAAUGUUAUUACUCUGAAAAUGUUGUAGAAAACUUUGAAAUCAUAUGCGAAGUGUCUACAACUAAUGUGUCACAUUCAUUAUUAAUCAAUUUUUAGAUAUCUCCUGGACAGAAGUGGUUUGGUGGGUAUUUCCCUGAGUAUGUGGCAGUUGGUGUUAACUGUACAUCAAAAUCCCUUUUCAGAAGUGGUGUAACCUAGGACGAACAAUACCCAAGCUUUCCAAAUGCUUAUUUCUAAUGAAACAAAGAGGUACGAUGCCGUUCCAAGCACCCCUACUCAGUGAAAGCAAACGAAAACUUGAGUUGAGGUACCUGUAUAGCUCGUUGGUUAUAUAUAGCAAGCUGACAUAGGAAAAACCUCACUGUAGUCAUUUGAGCAGCUCUGUAAAAGCUAGCUUCCAGAAAAGGAAAAUCUGAAGAACGUUUCAGGAUGUGUUUUGCGAACGCAACAUUUACUGGCCUUAGAUGGUGAUGUGGAAACACCACGAUCUCCAGUUGCAUAAAGAACUUUCAGAUGAUGCAGAAGAGCGAGAUGUUACUCCUGGGAACAAGACAGACAAGGCUAACAGC